AUGACGCCAAGCAGCUUCACUCUUUACAUCACCAGCCUACUGUGGCUUGAUCUGACACACGCUAAAAUUGGUUACUUCUGGCACAUCACAGAUCUUCAUUAUGACCCGUUCCACAACUCCCUCGAGUUACAUAGAGGUUGCAAGCACAGUCGUGGCAGCAAUGAGCACAGCCACCGCAAUGGCCGCCACCGUGACCACACGUGUGACAGCUCGUGGCCACUCAUACAAAGCGCUGCCACAUUCAUGGCCGAACGACAUCCUGAUACGUUAGAAUUUGUACUAUGGACCGGGGACAUCUUGUCAUCAUCUAUGGAACAUCUGAGUGAUGAAAUCAAGCUAGAGGCGGUCAGAAACGUUACUGACAUACUAAGUCGUACAUUUAGUAGCCAGUUUGUAUUUCCAGCAUUGGGUCACAACGAUCCUCCACCAUCUAGGAAGUUAGUGGACAUGUGGAUGCAGUGGCUGCCUACCGAGGCUUUACAGACUUUUGAGACAGGGGGUUAUUAUACAAUAGAACAGUCUCACAGCAAACUCCGAAUAGUUGUUCUUAACAGCGUGCUUUGGGCUGGAGGUGCGGCUAAGACUGACGGUCCCCACAGAGGUCGAGCGCAGUGGGAGUGGCUCGAACACGUCCUUAGCAAGGCGAGAAGGAAAAACGAAAUGGUAUACUUAGUAGCUCAUGCUGGGCUAGGUGUUGAAGAACGUCAUAACGCUGGGAGCUCGUCCGCGUCAGGCGGUGGAGAGCUUACUCCGACUGCUAACGCGAGAUUAUUGCAUGUCAUCAGAGCAUUCAGUGAUGUCAUCGCCGGCCAGUUCUAUGGACAUCGGCACGCAGAUACAUUCAGACUUGUUUAUAGCGAAGGACGACCUGUGUCGUGGGCGCUCUUGGCACCGUCUCUCACUCCACGAGGUGCGGGCAGUGUUUCGAAUCCAGGAUUAAGGCUUUAUAAAUUUGAAUCUAACACAGGAAAAGUAUUAGAUUAUACACAGUAUUAUCUAGAUGUAACAAAUACAAGAGGUGAAGCGCAUUGGGCCGUUGAAUACAAUGUCACACAAUAUUAUGGUCUAAGAGAAGUAAGCGCAGUGUCAUUAGAUAAUUUGGCUGAGAAGAUUAGAAAUUAUCCUGAUAGAACCUAUCUUAACAAGUAUUUAUCAGCUCUGCGGGUGCGACACGCCACUGAUGUAUCUGAGUGUGACACUGCAUGUAUUCACGUGCAUUUCUGUGCGAUAACUCGAGCCGAUUUCCAUGAAUUUCGCUCGUGUGUCCGCAAUCCUGCGUCGGCGCUAGCAUCGCGUGCGCCUCAUACUUCUGCUGCAAUUUUGGUUUACGCCAUGAUAGUUUUGCUAUCGUCUUAA